GGCACAAGCUCAGUGUGUGUGUGAGACAGAGAGGGAGAGGAGAGGCUGAUGAAGAGCGUGUUUCGGACUUUUCCUGCCGCGCGUCGCCUUUGAUGAAGGAGACACCAGGAGACAGCUGGAGAGUGGAUACUGAUCUACCGGGAGUCGGGCUGCUUCGGCGUGAAGCGCGUCGGUUCGGGUGCCCAAACAGAGUCGCUCUCUGUUCGUCUUCCCUCUGCCGUUAACUGGAAGAGGAGGAGGCGGGUCCGAACUCCGCCGGUCUCCGGGUUCACGCUGACCAACCACCUGGGAAAGUUGGCUAGGGGGCAAGCACGUGGACGGCUGACAAGGAGAGGGAGGGGAGAAAAAAAAGUGAUUGUUUUUCUUUGUUUAUGGAUAACACCCGUGAAUGUUUCCAGCCCCAGCGAAACAUGCGCUCCGUGACGGACUCCGUGAUCACUUCUGGGCCGGUCUGAGUCGAGGGGCAGGAGGGCUCGGCUCGGUCCAGUUUUUACAUUUUUAUUUUUGCUCCACCAUGUUGACGGGAAGUGAGUGACAGCGAAUCACACAGACUGUAGGAAAUAAAGAAAGUGAAGCAGACCCCCCCACCCUCCCCUCCACCAUGACCCGGGGGGUUACAGCUGGGCGCGACAUGCUCCUGAUUAACAUCGUCUCUUUGGUGUUUGUGUUGG